GGCUUGUGGGGAUUUGAGCUGGCGGCGGAGCGUCAAAGCCGGUAGUUUCGGGGCCGGCACUUGGGCGCAUCGAGUACUCGGCGGAGCCUAAUUGAUAUAGGAGUCGACGAGCGAUUAUAAGGGCGGUGAAGUGGGUUGCCUGACAUACGGCCUUUAGCUGGACAAGGCUUAAGCCGACUGACUAUGAGCGACGAGAGCCCGUAGUGCAUCGGGCUCGCGACCACGUGUCUCUUUCUGACGGCUGACGUUGCACCCAAGAAUGCUGAUAAACGAGGACCCGCAAUGGACGGCGACCGUCGCCGGCAUCGCCGAGGACGCAUUCCACAUGUUCCCGGAGCUCGAGAGCCUCGAAGACGAAGGCGUCUUACCAGCCGAUGAUUUUUUAGAGGCUCUAAGCUCUGAUUUGGAAAUACCACUGCUGUUAAAUGGUGAAAGUUCUCCGGGUUACGACGAAAGUCCGGAUGAGAUCAUGAAAAAUGCUCUCGAAGCACAGACAAUGCAGACGCUCGAGGACAUUGACCUUGGUUUCAUGCAGGUGGACAAGAACGACGAUUUUGCAGAUUAUUUUUCGUUAAUAGAUGAGAUGACAGUUGUUGGUAAAAAUGUAAAAACAGAGCCAAAGAGUCCACAAACACAACUUCCACCUUCACCUAGCCCCAGUCAAUCCGAAUCAUCCAGUGGAUCUGAGUGGCAAAACGAGGCCUUGAAUAUAAUACAAAACGACAAGUUUGCUUUGGAAACACCUCCAAUAUCUCCACCUCAUAAUGAAUCGCCACCGAUAUCACCUCAAUCAACACAAAAUAACCCAUCUGUCUUACAUCCAAUAAAAUUGAUGCCACUCAAUUCUCUUAAUAUUAAAGAUAAUGUAACACAAAAAUUUUUACUAUCUAAUAGUAAUCCAGCUAAGCGUAUUUGCAUUCAACCAAAACUUGAAAAUUCAUUAACAAAGGAAACUCCACGGAAAACAAUUGUUUUAAGUGCUCAAGAUUUCGCCGCACUUACCCAAAGGGUAAAGCAAAAUAGCACAGCUCAGCCGCUGAAAGUUCAAGCAUUACCACUGAGUAGAAACGUUAAACUUCAAAAUCAACUAAACAUUUUACCCAUUCAACCAGUUAAAGCAAAUACAAACACAACUUAUCAACAAAACAAUCAAGUCAAGAUUAUGAAUGGUAUUCAUAAUAUUCAAAUUCACUCGACAAGCCCAACUGUUACCGUACCAGCUAAUGCCAACAUAAAUAACGAUAUUAAAUCAUCUGUACCUCUAGCAGUUAAAAAAGAAAAUUCAACUUGCCCAUCUAUAGUAAUUAAGAACGAUGUACCUAUAUGUCCACCCAUUGUAAUUAAAAAGGAAAGUAAUAAUUGUUCACCGAUUGUUAUAAAGAAUGAAUUUCCAGAAUUUAUUGAUAUUCAUGAUCGCCAAGAUUGUGAAAUUAAAGCGUUGAAACGACAGCAACGAAUGAUUAAAAAUAGAGAGUCCGCGUGUUUAUCGCGCAAGAAAAAAAAGGAAUACGUUACAUCUUUAGAAAAUCAAAUCAUUGAAUUACAGGAUCAUAAUCGUCGAUUACAAACGGAAAAUACUGAAUUGCGUAAGCGAUUGUCCGAAGUAAAUGAUAUAAAUGGAAGCAAAUUUCCUAAUUCAAAUUAUGGGAUUAAUAAAAAAAACACUGCAAUAUUAUUAGCCAUGAUUUUCAUGGUCUCUCUUAAUGUCGGGAGCUUAGGAGGUGUAUUCAAUCAAAAACGACAACCACUAGAGGAUUUACAAAGUCGUAUACCCCCGAUAUCAGUAACAAAUGUAAGGCAUAGUAGAACUUUACUAUGGUCGAAUUCAGACGAUGACAGCACAGAGUCGAAAGAACGGUUUAACGAUACUUUAUCGACCCAUCAUCCUAUGUGUCCGAUGCACAUAAAUCUCACGGAGUCUAUUAGAUUAGAUUUCGAGCUCAGACGAUGGAUAGGUGGUGAACCCGAUCGCGAAAAUUGGACUAAGCCAUGGAAAACAGAUCUCGAUAUUAAAUCUCUCAAGGAGAUGUUGAAUAUUAGAUCUUAUAAUGUAAAGGACAAGUCAGGCUCAAGCAACUUAAGGUUGCCGUUAAAAAGAGUAUCGCGCCGAAGAAAGAUUAAGAGUAGUCAAGUGAAUGACAUGUCGCCGACCAAUAUCAAUGCUGUACAAUUAUUCUCUCCAUUGCUGCAGGAACACGCUAAGCUGUUUGAUGCUUUAGGCCGAAGGGAUGAUACUUUUUAUGUAGUUUGGUUUACAGGCGAACAUCUGCUACUGCCAGCUUCAAGAAAAAAUAGUACAUCUAGACCAAAAAUGUCCUUAAUACUACCCGCUGUCCCAGUCAAUGGAUCAUAUUAUUCCACUCCACCAAAUCAUGUGACAAUGAUGCAAAUUGAUUGUGAAGUAACCAAUACACAACUACUUCAUCUUGAGGAAGCUAUAAUACCAAAGCAUCUGAGAAAUCAACAUCAGUCUGAAAGUAAUUUACCCAAGGAUCGUAGUACAGUAAUGUCCGACAGAACAAUGAAUAUUACGAAAAAUUAUAAACCUUACUUUCUAAAAGACAGUGGCACAAAUUCGCUACAUAAUGAUAGUUUCAAGACUAUGUAUGCUUCUGAAGAAAAAAAUUAUGCUAACGAUGUAGCUUAUUUAACAAAAGAAAGAUUUAACAAUUAUUUCCAUCUUGACGAUCCAAAGUACAAAUCUUUCUUGAGCAAAGUUAAAAAAGAAAAUUAG